UUUGAUUGCUAUUUUACCGAUCUGCAAUGGCCUCAAAUCGUUGGAUAUGAAACCCGUUUGUGAGUCGAUUUUGGCAGACAUUAGUCAGGAAACAGUUACUUUAUCAUUUCCCUCGGAUCUUACUGGAAUCUGGACAUCGCAAAGCUGUGAAGUUCGACCAGGUCCAGAAUUUCUCAUUCGAAAGUACAGUUUCGAUAAACGGAAUUUUACAGUAGAACAGUUUUAUUACAAGGAUUCCCAAUGUUCCACACCGCUCUAUGUUAUUGUUGCUAAUGGCCGCAUAAAAGCACAGCGAUGGUCUUUACUUACACAAGGAGGAGUAGAAAGCAGAUAUCAUCUUCACAGUGUCAGCGUCCUUCCUUAUAGUUCGAGUGCAGCAUGGUCAUUGAAACAUAGGUCAUUUAGAGCCUGUCCUCACCUGUCAAAAUCUCACUGGAAACCAUUCUACCAGUAUAAUUUAAUGAAAUUACUGGAACAUUCUAUUUUAGACUGUACGGACAAGUUCAGUUGGACUCUGAACGAAUUUCAAUUGCUAAAACUCGAAAAGCGGAUUGUUUACAAAGGGUUCAAGUUCUUCACUGACGAGGAACUUUUUACAGGGGACAUCCAUCUUGACAACACGGUCAGGAAACAUUUCUACCGACCUACUGACUACCAAACAGCUUUGAAAAAACCUUAGAUCGUACGUGUAAAAUCUGCCACCAAAUCAGUAACUCGGACCUGUAUCAUCCUCCCAUUUUACCCAAAAGUCCUUUCACUCCAAUUUCCACAAUUGGACAUUGGGUUAGUGUACGAUGCGAAACCCGACCGCUAGGAAUGUUCAUCACACGCAGGCUGACAUUUUAUGAGGGUGGUAAUAACUGGAGUGGUACAUAUAAUUACUUUCGAGACCCUCGAUGCCGUCAACCAAGCUUCACAUUAGAUGCCGAGGGUAAGUAUUCAGAAAUAAUGGGUACAACAGCGGUGAUUGGCGGAACGAAACAUUAUAAAUUCACAGUGCAAAGGUUAAAAAUUACACCGGAACACUACAGUAUCAGCGAAAAUUUAAAUUUUUACAAUGGUUCGGGUUGUGGUGUUCCUGGAUCAUGGCGAAUUGGAAUAACACAAGAUGUGACUUCUACACACGGUUGCAGACCUAUGGAUAUCAGACUACCAAAUGUUGUACUGGAAACUAUUAAGAUGGUUACCGAUGUGAAUAAAGAACGUUAUUUGUACAUGGGAAAGAGAGUUAUGUAUAGCGGACCAAGAAGCCAUUCGUAUCCAACGUCUUUUCAACCACCACUUCAAAGUUGCACCAAAGAAAAUAUCAAACGAAAAUCAGGAUCUUCAUCUUUGACAGUCCGACAUAUUAAACAAAAUAUAGCCCAAGCUAAGCCCUUGAUCCAGUUAAGCGGUACAAGAUCGCUGUACUCUACUAGUAUGGCUACCAGGCAAAAAACAGUUAACUCUCUUUUAAUAGCGAGCAUGAUGACAGUUGUAGCUCUCUUAACAAAGAGUCGUGGAAUGUCAUCCACAAGAGAUCAUUGGCAAAUGUUGAUUAUAAUGUGUUUUAUUUGUGUUCUUUCAUUCCCUGGAUUUAUAGCACCAGCUGUACAAAAUUGAAGAGCAAAACCAAUCAAACAAAAAAUAUUAUAUGAGAAACUGUAUGAAGAAUUUAAAUGUAAAUUAAUUCUGUCAAAUAUGCCAAAACCACAAACAUUUCUUCAUAUGCAUAUACAAGCAAAAACACUUUAUUUUCUAAAA